UGGCAUCAGGAUAUGGGUAUAAUGGAGGUAUUGGAAGAUGUUUUAAUUUCUGGCAAGAAUUUCGUAAAUGUUAUGCAAUGGCAAAUCGACCAGAAGAUUGUAUAAUGGAGAAAGAAGAUUAUUUUGAAUCUCAAGAAUUAAAGAUGAUAGAAAAACGUAGAGAAGAAGAUCAAAUAGCAAAAAAGAAAUUAGAUUCUAAAACUGACGUGAAUCGUUUGGGAAUUGUAGAAGAAAAAAAUCAAGAAAAUAAAAGUUCAUGA